AUGACCAGUGAAGGUGCCCCCGUGAUAAAUGUUACCGGUGGUGGGCUGAUCGGGAGCGUGAAAGAAUUUGUACCGGGCUGUGAUGUGUCGGUGUAUAUUGAGCGCUUGGAAAACCUGUUCUUCAUGAACAAGAUCACGGAGGACGCUAUGAAAAAAGCGAUUUUCGUGGGGUUUGUGGGUGAUGAUACCUACAAGGUGCUCAAGAACGCUAUUCACCCAGCAACUAUUGCUUCUAAGACGUAUCAGCAGUUGGUGGAAGUUCUAAAAGCGAAAUACGCUCCUCGCCAUAGUAUAAUUGCUGAGCGAUUCAAAUUCUACAGGCAAGAUCAGCAAAUGGAUGAAACGGUAUCUGAGUACAUCAUGGAACUGCAAGCUUUGAGUGAGAAAUGUGAAUUCGGGGAUUUUCUUUCUUGGGCAUUAAGAGACAGACUCGUGAUGGGUUUGAAAGAAAAGAGAAUCCAGGAGAAGCUUUUGAGCUUAGACGCUAGCUUUGAGGAGUCUCAAAAAGCAGCAAUUCAAGCCGAACUCACUAGAACAGAUGUGGGGUUAAUGAACCCUGGUUCAAAGGUCGAUUGGGUGAAAAAUAACCGUAGCAAUGAUUCACGACGGCAGCAAUCUAGAAAAAAAGAUGUCCAGGGAGUGCGAGGGAGAAGCAGGCAGAAAGAAGAGCACAAAGGAUCACACAAAACCCAAGCCCAUGGUGGAACGAGACGUAAAAUUCAGUGCUAUCGUUGUCACCAGUGGGGGGAUCAUUUUGCCGCCAAUUGCCCUCAAAAGAGACAGAAGACAAGGAGGGUCGAUCACACGGAAAUAUCGAGUGAGAGUGAAGGAGAUGAAUCCUAUGGAGCAAUUUCAUCGAUGUUUCUGAACAAAUUGGAUGAUGAUACUGCAGAGAUUGUAGUGACCAGAUAUUAUGAUGUCUCACAGGAGGAAAAUGUUCCAGAAGGGCAUCGUGAGGAUGGCUCUUAUGUGAGAGAUGGUGAGCUUCGUCGUGAGGAUGAAGUCCAAAAAGCUGUUCAUCGUGAGGAUGACCUUUCAAGGGCAAUGGAUGAGCUUUUGGAGAGUGAGUCUCUGGAUGGUGAAAUUUUCGAUUGCAGCUUGGAAGAAGAGGAGCUUUUGUUGGGAAAUUGGUUGGAUAAGAUUAUUCCCAACUGGCAAAAAUCUUUAUCCGGUGGUGAUGGCCAGAAUUUGGGGGUAAAUCAGCUUUUUAAAGAGGAUAUAAUAUUUCAGAAAUUUUCCAAUGUUUUCAAACAUACAGAGGAAUCCGUUAUUAGAGGUCACAAGGCAGUGAUUGUCAUGAAAGAAGAUUGUGUCCCUGUGUUUCAUAAGCCUUAUGCUGUCCCUUAUGGUGUCCGUGAUAAAGUGGCCCAAGAGAUAAAUCGACUCAUUAAGGCGGGAGUUUUAAUUUCCGUGGAUUAUUCGGACUGGGCAAGUCCAAUAGUAGUUGUUCCAAAGAAGAAUGGCGAUAUCAGGGUGUGCGUGGAUUGUAAAGUCACUAUAAACAAGUUCGUACAAUUAGCUCACUAUCCUCUUCCAACACUGCAAGAGAUUUGCAACAAAUUGAGAGGAGCGAAAUUUUUUUGCGUUCUUGAUUUAACGGGUGCAUAUCAACAAUUGGAAGAAUGUCAUGAAAACUUGAUUAGGGUGAUACAGAGAUUGGAAAAAUUUAAUGUUAAGGUGAAGAAGUCCAAAUGUUUAUUGUACAAAGACCAAGUGGAAUUUUUAGGACAUGUUCUUUGUGCCGAAGGUGUGAGACCAAUGGCAAAGAAGCUGGAGGAGAUUAAACAAGCGAGUCGUCCACGUGAUGUGACGUCACUUAAAGCUUAUUUAGGACUAUUGACGUAUUAUGGAAAAUUUAUUCCAAAUUUGUCAAUGAAACUCGCGCCUCUCUAUGAACUUCUGAAAGCGGGCGAGCCCUUCAGGUGGUCAGAAGAAAAUGAAUCGGUGUUCCAAGAUAGUAAAAACUGGCUCUCAGAAAGUGAUUUAUUGACGCACUAUAGUCCAGACUUACCCGAAAAGAACUAUUCCAUUGUAGAGCGUGAGGCUUUAGCAUUAGUUUUUGCUGUUAAAAAAUUCCAUCAGUACAUUUACGGUCGUUCAGUAACUGUGUACACAGAUCACCAAUGUUUACGCGAGUUAUUUGGCGGUGAGCGCAAAAACUCAGCGGUAGCUGCGGCAAGAAUCCAAAGGUGGUCAAUUUUUUUGGGCAUGUACGAUUUGCGUAUUAUCUAUAAGAAGGGCAUUCACAAUGGAAACGCAGAUUUCCUAUCGAGAUAUCCGUUGAGUGAGUCAACAGGAGUGAAUGAUGCGAUUGUAGGUUUUGUUGAUACCAAGGGGGAUAUUGCUCUGGAUGAGUGGGGAGGAGAGUCAGGGAAGGUGAAAUUGAGGAAACAGGAGAAAUCGAAGGAGCCCAACACUGUCAAACGAAAAUGCAAACAAAAGGAGCCUCUGAAGGAGAACCAGGAUGUUUUCUAUUUUAACACACUUGGUGGAGAGUGGAUCAGAGCAAAAAUUGUGAGACGAUUGAGCAAGACAGUCUAUUUAUGUGACCUUCGAGGUACAGUGAAAAAAUGCCAUCGAGAUCAACUGAAGCCAUUCCAGAAGAAAGUAACCUUUGUCGAUCCAUCUCGGAUUACUUCACCAUCAACACCCCAUCGAGAAGAACAACCUUCACCACAAGUAUCCAACGAGGUCUUCAGACCACCACCCGAAGAGAUACGGCCUCCUGUGCAACGAAGAAGGAAGAGGCAGCAGACGAACUCCACCUCAACUCCUAUCCUGCGACGCAGUGAGCGCAUAAAGAAAACAUUAUCCUUUGAGUAA